CCUUUUGCCAGGCGUCGUGUGAGCGUGCGGGUGACUGCGCUGCGGAUGGUUGACAUGUGGCGCGCAGCUGUUGAUACGCAAUUUUUGCGUUGCUUUCUCCUUUGUUUCAUACGGACAGUGACGUUGAGAUAGUUCUUUUAAGAGCUUCUUAUUUCAUUGGCAGAUAUACAAAUAAAUUUUCCAUUAACUGAUGUAGCCUUAUUACUGUCUUACUGGUGGUGUAGCCACACAGAAAUGAGUUGAAACAACUCCGAUUCUUCGAAAUUUCAAAACCGUUAGCAUUGAAAUUGUUACAACUCACCUCUGUUUAAAAUCAUUGGUGUCCACUCCAUAACAUAAGACUGACAUUAAUCUAUAAGGAUUAAGGUCUAAAAUUUACAGAUAAGAUUUAGAGAAACGUAAAGUCAAGACUAAAGUUCAAAUUCAAUGUCAUUUAUUCUGUCUAGGCUGUUACAAGCAUUUUUGAAUGUUGAAAACUACGCAUCAGGUCGAAAAUCUACGGCGGAAUAGAAACAGAAGCGUCUAGAUAUAGAACUAUCCCAACAUCCAGAACUUUAAGUGUCAUGAAGCAAUUUAUUGGCAACUUGCAGUGGAAAGUAUAAGUGGUAGCGUGCGCGUGAUGUUCCGCCGCAACCCUUACACACAUUGGGCGUUAGCGUUCGAGGCACCACCGAAGUUAGAGCUGCGAGUGCGAGGCCGCUUCCAAGGCCGCCAGCUCAAGCCGAGGCUGGCAUCGCUGGUCGCAGCACAUAUAAGGCGAGCGGUCGCCCAGAGGCAUACACUUCCUAACUAUAAAAUACGUUAUAAACCGUUCUUUCCGAAAUCGGAACCUGGUAGUGGGGAUGGUGAGGAGGGGCCGACGCCCAACGGCAGACUGACUGUCCGCCUCGUAGAGGUCACACGUCUCCAAUGGACAGGAGCGAACGGUACCGUGCGAGCAGCUUUGGCGGUUGAUUCGCAUGGAUGGGUGUCACUUCGGCGUGGUGUUUUAGUACUGGAUAUAGUAUUGCCAGCGGUAACAGGUCCGUUGGGGCUUGUAUGCUGUCAAGGCGUUGGUGUAGUACUGGUUGAUACUGUGGUACCGAUGUCUCCUGCUUACCGCGCAGAUUUGCGUAGAGAUGACGUUGUACUUGCCAUAGAUAACAAACCAAUCAAUAACGUCGCCCAGGUGGGCAAACUACUCCGGUGCGUGGACAGACGAGCAGUAACGGUUAGAGUACGUAGGGGUGGAACUAGCGCACUUGCCAGACGGGAAGAGCCCGCCGUUGAGGCGAAGAGUCGCGUACGAACUAAUUUCACGUUUAGACGCGUGUCCGAAGUAAUGGAGGGCGUUAGGCUGCAGGGCAUGCGAGCGGCCGCUUCUAAGAAUAACUUGCAGGAAUCAGAUUCUCCCUCAAAAGCGCCGGAACCACCAUCAGAGAGCGAACCGCCUUCGAACCAGAAGACGAAACAGGAGCCUACUCGAUCGACAUCAAAACCCCCAGAACCUUCUACGCCUGGUGGGAAUUUCGGUCUUCGCAAGCGCAGGUGUUCCGUAGAAAAUAAGUCUUCCGAUAGCUCAGCAGGCAGUACCCCUCCAGCUUCCGGCGCAAGCACACCUCUUAAACAAAUCACAGGAACCAACAAAACUAUCAAACAUCAAGAUAUACCCAUCAUAAGAACAGACUCAUCAGAAUGUAAGAAUGAGAGAGGCGAUAUGCUAGACGACGAGGACCAUGUAUUCGAAACGGGUGGACCAAGACAGAGUGAGCACGUAGAGAUAUGUCAGAUGUUUUGGACGAAGAGUUUACAAUUGAAGCCGAUUAUACCUUUCGAUGAAGAAACUGAGUUUAAAUUGAACGAGAAUCACAAGUAUUUGAAUAUGAAUGUGUGGGCUACUGUACCCGGUGAGAAAGAUGAGAUUUUAUUAGGCUAUUUGAAUAUACCUCUAACCGCACUACUGGCGGAGUGUCAAGAUUCGACUGUUCCGCAUCAUAUGAAACGGUAUCAGUUCUUACCUCCAGAUGUGGACAUCAAAUUUAGUAAGAGCCACAAAUUAUCUUCUCACGCUGGUUUCGAGCCGUGUCUCUGUUUUGGCGACGCGCUCGUCUGGUGGGAGUGGGAGGGAACAGGAGGAAACAAUUCGAAUGCGAAUUCUAACGCAUAUAAAAGCCCUCGUACUUCCCGAGAUACAGCGCCUAAACCACCGAAACCUACUAGAGCGGCACAUGACUUCGUGAGGACACACUUCCAUAGAUCGACUCAGUGUGAUUUCUGUAAUAAGAAGAUAUGGUUGAAGGAUGCGAUGCAAUGCCGGAACUGCGGUCUCUGUUGCCACAAGAAGUGUGUGGCCAAAUGCCAAGAAUCGUCACCAUGCAUAUCAAAACAGGACAGAGAUACUCCAACUGGUUUAGGCUGUCCACCUCCUGAACUGAUUACUACAGAAGCUGAUUCGAUCGUUGACCCUGAUUCUGAUGACGAACCAGAGAGAAAGGACUCUUUGGACGUCCAUGAUGAAGGCGGCGGGACCAUGAGCGCGCUAGUUGCUGGUCUGCGACGUGCGGGCUCCGCUCACUCGCUAUCCGCACCGCGGACGUGCUCAUCGUCACGCUCGCUACCGCCAUCACCAAGUCAUACGCCCAGGAAGCAAUCUCUGGAGCCUGUGGGGAACCCGUUCGGCGGUUGCGGGGCGAGCUGGCUGCAGAGGGGCGACGUGACCGCCAUGCUGCAGCCGGCCCUGCGCAGCGCGCUGCCGCCGGACGCGCUGCUGGCGGCCGCGCGCGACUCCGCCCCUGAACUAGCCGCCAAACUGACCGCACACCAGAUACACGAGAUGCUACAAGCAGUCCGUGAAGAAUUGUCAACGGAUGACGCCCAAGGCGUCGCCGCGAAUGCGGAUGGCGGGGAGGCGCGCGCUUGCGCUUUAACCGCGCUGAUGCUGCACUGCUGCGCUGCAGCGCAACUAGCGCAACAGCGCGUCGAGCCUGCGCCCACUUGACCCCAAUAAACUAAUGUUCAUUGU